GGCUCUCCCGCAGGCCCCCUCCUCGGCUUCCGCCUUCCCUCCCGGCGUCGCUUUCUGGAAGGUUCGUGGAGGAGGCGGCCCGAGAGACCGUUACUCCACAGCAAGCCGGAAUCCGUGUCCAUCGGUCCUCCUGAACCCGCGCAGACGCCAUCGAGGUCGCCAUGCCGGAGAACGUAGCUUCCCGAAGCGGCGCGCCCGCCGCGGGGCCCGGCAGCCGCGGGAAAGGCGCCUACCAGGACCGCGACAAGCCGGCCCAGAUCCGCUUCAGCAAUAUUUCCGCAGCCAAAGCGGUUGCUGAUGCUAUUAGAACAAGCCUUGGACCUAAAGGAAUGGACAAAAUGAUUCAAGAUGGAAAAGGCGAUGUGACCAUUACAAAUGAUGGUGCCACCAUUCUGAAACAAAUGCAGGUAUUGCACCCAGCAGCCAGAAUGCUGGUGGAACUGUCUAAAGCUCAAGACAUAGAAGCAGGGGAUGGCACCACGUCGGUUGUCAUUAUUGCUGGCUCUCUUUUAGACUCCUGUACCAAACUUCUGCAGAAAGGUAUACAUCCAACCAUCAUUUCCGAGUCAUUCCAGAAAGCUUUGGAAAAGGGUCUUGAAAUCCUUUCUGACAUGUCUCGACCUGUGCAACUGAGCGACAGAGAAACUUUGUUAAAUAGCGCAACCACUUCCUUGAAUUCAAAGGUUGUCUCUCAGUAUUCAAGUCUACUCUCUCCAAUGAGUGUCAAUGCGGUGAUGAAAGUGAUCGACCCAGCCACAGCUACCAGUGUAGAU